AUGACAUUAAACUAUUAUACAGAACUAUUAUCAAGAAUAAGGAGUCUGUCAAUCGUCUUGGAGGAAGAGGACUCUUCAAAAACCCCUGAAAUUAUCACAAUAUCUCAAGUUGAUUCUAAAUUGAUCAAACUCUUAAUGAAAGAUUAUGAUUCACCAUUUUACAUUCCUUUACCAUCAGAUGUACCACAAAUACCCAAUAUCACACAAUGUAUUUUAAAAAGAGGCAAUAUAAUAAGUAUAAGGUUACCUCUGGCCGAUAUCAAAUUGGAUAGAUCAACAAAUCAAUCCAUGACUAUGUCAACAAAUUAUAAAUGGAAUUCAACAUAUCUUAAAAGGAAAAUCGGGAAAUAUUCAUUCAAUUGUAUUAAAUGUGAUUACAAAUUAUUAAAUUCAAAUGAUAUAGAGACUGUUUUAGAUAUGCCUUCUUCAUUGUGGGCUGAAAUGAUGGAUUUCUGGCAUUGUCAUAAACCAGAGACUGAUGAUUCACCACUAGUUUUAGAUAAAUUUAAACAGUUUAAACCCAAACAAAAUGGAAUUUUAACUGGACCUUUUUAUAUCGCAAUCAAUUUUGAAGAUGAUAAUCAUAAACUUAUCAAGGAUGAAUUUAAAUUGAAAUGUAAGAAUUGUGAAACUUUUAUUGGUGAAUCAUGUGAGGAUCCCAAAAAUAAAGAAAAUUUAGAUCGUUUAUUUUAUUGGAAUCUAAAAUUGUCACAUAACAAAGGGAAUGAGAUAUAUAAACCAUAUUAUCAAACAAUGGAAACUAUAUUAGAGAAUGUUAAUGGAAGUGCUACUCGAAUCAUUGAAUUCAAAAAUAUUGAAGAGACUAAAUCCAUACUUAUUUGGGUCUUUAAUAUCGGACUUGAUGUUGUUGUGAAGGAUAUUGGAAUUUUGAAAAACAGUAUGAAGCUAUAUUAUACCAAAGAUCCAAAAGAAAUCGAGGAAGAGAGAACAAAUAGAGGUGAAAUUGAAAUUGUCGACACUGAAGAUUUCAUUUUAGAUGCUACAAUUGAGAGAUUAUCAGAGAUCAAUGCUAAACUUCCGAAAUCGAUACGGUCAAUGGGGAAGCACUGGAAAUUAGCCUUUCUUUCGAAAGACGAAGAGAGUACCGGUGUUGUCGGUUCUUCUUUCCUUAACCAACUUCAAGCUUUAAAAUCACAAAUUACUUAUAAUGUUAUUUUAAUUGCCAGAGGUAAAGGUUCAGUCAUUUCAAAAGACUAUAAACCAUUAGACAUCUCUAACUGGAAACAAUUAACUGAAAAUUUGACCGAUAAAAACUUAUCAACUGAAGGUUUAGUUGAAUAUCUAACUAAAUCUCCAUUACCAACUAUUUUAGUUGAUAACACUUCAGAUGGUACAAUUUCUUCUUCAUAUGCUGAGUUAGUUAAAAAUGGUAUUUCAAUUGCUACUCCAAAUAAAAAAGGUUUCUCAAGUGAUUUGAAAUCAUGGAAAGAAUUAUUCACAAAUGCUCAAGGUGAAAAUGCUGGUUUAGUUUAUCAUGAAGCCACUGUUGGUGCUGGUUUACCAAUCAUUGGUACUAUUAAUGAUUUAGUUGGUACUGGAGAUGAAGUUGAAAAAAUUGAAGGUAUUUUCUCAGGUACUUUAUCUUAUAUUUUCAAUGAAUAUUCAACUGCUGAUCCAAAAGAUGUUAAAUUUUCAGAUAUUGUUAAAGUUGCCAAAGAAUUAGGUUAUACCGAACCAGAUCCAAGAGAUGAUUUAAAUGGGUUAGAUGUUGCUAGAAAAGUUACCAUUGUUGCUAGAUUAUCAGGUUCUGAAGUUGAAUCACCAACUUCAUUCCCAGUUCAAUCAUUAAUUCCAAAAGAUUUAGAAUCUGUUGAAUCAGCUUCAGGAUUUUUAGAAAAAUUACCAAAUUAUGAUCAUGAAUUACAAAACUUAAAAGAUGAAGCUGCUAAAGAAAAUAAAGUUUUAAGAUUUGUUGGUAAAGUUGAUAUUCCAAAUAAACUUGUUUCAGUUGGUGUUGAAAAAUACGAUUAUUCUCAUCCAUUUGCUUCAUUAAAAGGUUCUGAUAAUGUUAUUUCAAUUAAGACAAAACGUUAUCAAAAUCCAUUAAUUGUUCAAGGUGCAGGUGCAGGUGCAGAUGUUACUGCUGCAGGUGUUUUAGCUGAUACUAUUAAGAUUGCUCAAAGAAUUGCCAAAUAG